UUGAGACAUGAAACAAUGUCCAAUUAAAAAAAAAAAACAGAACAAAGGGAUGCUGAAAAAACUGUUUUUCCAAAUUUCUGGCACUCCCACCUGAAGAGAGGAGUCCAUGUGCAGCCCAUUUCCAUUGCUUGGUUCAGGCUGUGAGGUAGGAGUUGAUACAUUCUGUCGAUUCAAGGUUACAUCAGCAGUUUCCAUGGCACUGUGAGAGGUUGGGAAUCCCCUGCUGACUGCCUGACGAAUUUCUGGGAAUUGUAGCUAUUGACCCUUAGUCAUGGUGACACUUGCCAUAGGGCCAAGCAGCCUUCCACAACUCCCUGGCUCUCCUUUACCACCCAGUAGAAGAUUAACAUCAUAAUCAUGUACAAAUAUGCAGUGCCACUAUCAUAGCCUUUCCUUGAACACAAGGUUAAUUACUAAAGAUUACAUGACUAACACUGUCAGAGUAUAAAGGAAUAGCUGUGCGAAAUAAGUGUGCAAUAUACAUUGUUAAACAGUCUCAUACUGCUUAUUUUAGAAGCUAGGAUGGUUUUCGUACGACAUUGCUUUCUUGUGAAAAGAGGUGUACAUAGCGUGUCAUUGUUGGUCUUAUGUUAUCUGUCAGGGAUCCCUGUGGAAUGACUUCCCAAAAACCAAGUAUUCUUGGAACUGUUACAGUGAAUUUCUGCUUGGCUUCUGGCCAAAAACAAGAGAUACCAUUACACAUACAACCCUCUUAGUACUGGCUAGUUGUUUGUUGACUGGACAACUACAUAACUCUGUAGUGACAGUGGCAUCGGCAGGCCAGCUCCAACUUUACGGUUGACAUGAGGCGAGCAUGGGGCAAAUUACUCACCUACGGAUGACCGCCACAGUCUAUUAGGAUUUGACUGCUGCGAGGGGUUGUUAAUUGUUAAGGUACUAAACAUUCAUGGCCUAUGAAACAGGAGAACAUGAGAACAGUCAUUGGCACCGUCAUCCUCCAUUUGGCAUCAUCAUCAGGUCUCUGUAGCUCCAGCCGUUGGUAAUUACAUGUCUCUGUCACAGCAGAACAAAGUACUGAUUGACAAUCCCCUUGCCCGCCACUGGAGGACUGCCAUCUAUUGUGCCAUGCCUUACUUACCUGCAGAUUCUAUAUCUUUCAUGCCAGGACAUUAUCAAGGGCUCUCUUUCCCGGAAUAGGCUUACCCAACAAAGAUCCCAGCAUAGAUCUGGCAGGCGUUGAAUAGAGUUAUGUGAAACUGGUAAGAAUUGACAUAAUGUGGUGUUUAUGUGACAUGACACUUUAAAGAGACUUCACAGUGAUUAGAUAAUCAUUCCUAAUAACCGAUCUGAACAAGCUUUACGAGAUACAAGUUUGAACAAGCAAGUUUAUUAGGACUCUGAUGGGUUUAGUUAUGUGUCAGAUAACAAAAUGGGAAAACGGCAGUGCCAGUCCUAUGUUCUGCAGCUUAUUUCGUUACGAGCUACUGGUCCAUUUUGUGUGCAGAGAUAUUCUAAACAACGUAAGAGAUUUAAUGAUAAGUACUUUGUAUUGAGAAGCCAUAUUGUGUACCCUUUUGAUAAAACGCAGUGUAAAACGAGUUGUUCUAAUCACUGGGUUUGGAAGGAGAAGGGUGCCUCUGGCUUGAUCCAUCAUAGAGACUGGGUGGCAUAUAAUAGCAAAACGAGCUGGAAGGGAGACACAUUUAGCUCAACGCAGGAUCAAAGUAAACACUAAGCCUUCGUCUCUCUUCAUGCCUCAUCAGUCUUCAUAAGCGUUUUAGCCUAGACCUGACACGGGGUUAGUAAGACAACCACUGGAAUGUACAUUUUAUGCUACAGUGUAUUUGAGAAGGUUCCACACAAUUCAUAUCUGGGAGACAGACAGGUAAGGGCAGACAAACACAUCAUAGAGGUAGCCUGCCUCAGACGUGUCUGUCCCCUCUGUCACACAGUAAAACACAUACAUAAAAGAAAGAGUACUGACUUACAGUAACAGCCCCCCUCCUACAUACACACAAACAGCCACAAACCAACACACGUUGACACAAGCCACACACCCACGCACAGGACUGAGGCCAUCCUCUAUUAUCAUUUCUCAUAUGUUGCUUAUCUCCCCAUCAAUGGUGAAAAUGAUUUACAGACAUUAUUGCCUGGAGGCGUAACUGCAGUGAAAGUAUUCUUAAACUCAGAAGAAAGCGCUGGCAGAGCCUCUAUUUAGUUUUCUAUAAAAAGGUGAGAGGUGAAGGGGCGUACUGAGCUGAAGCAUGGUUUACGGGAAAUGGGUGCGUGACUUGAGGACAGUGAAAGUGAAAGGAGUUCUACGGUGAGGAUAUAAAGCUGUGCCUGAACCACAGUAGUCCAUUGAUCUGCAGAUCCUUGUCUAACGCAUUAAGACAGAGCACAACUGAGACAGGAUGUCUUUACGGGUGGCUGCACUUCUUCUGUUGGCAUCAGUCCUCUGGAGCCAUGUAGCAGCAAGCACAGAUCAGGCUUUGGACUGCUGCUUGACAACGACCGAUACCAAGCUUCCCCACAGAGUGGUGAAGUCAUACAGUAUCCAGACAGUCAGUGGAGGAUGUCGGAUAGCUGCCACUGUGUUUGUCACGAAGAAGAAUCAUAGACUGUGUGCUCCUCCUGCCACCAAGAACAACUGGGUGGCCAAACUCAUCAAGCAACUGAAGAGGAAAUCGCAUAAGGGAAAGGCCAGAAAAGGGAAGAAUGGCAAGAGAAGACACUGAAAGGCUGUGGGUGAUCCUUAAACCUCGGAGCUCCAGUAUACGUCCUUUGAGAAGAUUCAAUAUUUCAAAUAUUUUGUGAAUGGGACUGAAAGUUAGUUCUCAUUUUAAGGUGGAUGGCACUGUGAUACCGUUGAAUUAUUUUUGACCAACACUGUGUCAUGUGUCGUGUAUUGCAGAACAUUAUUGUCAAAAUGUUGCUCACAGUUACUAUAAGCUUGAUUUUAUAUUGUAUAACUCAUUUUAUGUAAAUAAAUAACUCUUUAUUUUUUU